CUAUAUGGGAAUCUGCACUUUAAGAAGGAAAACCUAGGAUCACAAAAACACCAUGCCCACUUCUGAAUUACAUAUCAGUUACAAAUCUUCAGUUUAACAACUCAAAUCUAUUUAUUUCGAUGCUGAUUAGGUUUUCAUAGAUGAAAUUUCUAACGAUGUCAAUUAAAUAGCAUACGAAAAACAAAAACGCAGUUUCGUCUAAAGAGAAGUUCCAAUACAAUUACUCUCAGAGAAAAAACGUAAUGCUCAUCAGAUGAGUUUUGAACCUUAAUUUCAUACGCAUCGAAAAGUUCCCAUUCUUUCAUCUAAUGAGAACUCGAUCAUUCAAAAAAGGAAAAGCAUUUAAAAAUGAC